AUGAACCCUGAAACUGCUAUUGUUGUUAUGGCUGAAUCCACUGCAGCCCUUGUUCCGGAGGCAGAACAACCCACUCUGCUUGACAUCUUCAUGCUGUUGAAGGAGAUUCAAGCAAGUGUCAAAAAAAUGGAUGGUAAGAUUGAGUCGCUGGAAGAGGAGAUCAAAGAAAUGCAGGAUGGUUUGAAGGAAGUGUUCAAGGAUGUCGACAAGAGGGUUGACAAGGUUGAGAAGAAAGUGGAUAAGAUCGGCCACCCGAUGAACCCAUUUCUCAAUGGCCCUGAGUCGGAAGAGAGCGAUUAUGGCCCCCCUUUGAUCUUGUCUUGUCUUUUUUUUUUAUUGUAA